UUUCUUUCUCAUACUAGUGGUCAUAAUGCUUUACUACAUGUCCAUACAAUGCUUGUGUUAACCAAUCCAUCCACUGACUUUUAACCCCAAAAUCUGUUACAUUGGUCAGGGUUGUUGCCUGUUCCAUGCCUGCAUUAAAUCCCUUUGCAUAAAUCUCAGUAUGCUGCUUAAAUUAAAUGCCUGUCUGCCUAUAAUAAAUGGGCAUAAUAAAUGUUUGCAUAUAUUAAAUACCUGCAUAGUGUCUAUACUAAAUGCCUAAAAAAGUCUAAAUACUAAAUGCCUAUUAUAAAAACCCGUACAGUGCCACUACUCGGUGCUUAUUCUAUGAUUAUUUUAAAUUCCUGUAAUACCUGUAUAGUGCCUUUACUAAAUGUCUAUUCUACAUUGCUAUGAUACAUGCCCAUAGGGUGCCUUUUAAAUUCCUAUAAUACUUGUACAGUGCUUUUCUCAAUGCAUAUUUUAUGCCUAUUCUAAAUUCCUAUAAUAUAAAAACACCAGUAGAAAUACCUGUAGAAUACCUAUACUAAAUGCCAAUAAUAAAUACAUGUAGAGUACCUAUACUAAACGCAUAUGCUAUGUAUAUUCUAAAUUCCUACAAUAAUUAUUAGAUUAGAUUAUAUUAGAUUAGACAAACUUUAUUGAUUCUUGGAGAAAUCAAGUAGAGUGCCUUUACUAAAUGCCUAUUCUAAAUUAAUGAAUACCUGUAGAGUACCUGUAUUUAUUGCCUGCAGUCGAACCCUUGAGAGAGACUCUACCUAAGCGUACAAUCCGAAGUUAAUGAUAGACGUGUGUCUCUGCUUGUGUGCACUACAGAAAACUGACUGUGUAUAUCAAUAUUCGAGCGCCCCCCCCCCCACGGCUGGAGUCUAAUCGUCUCUCUAGUCUGCAGUUGUCUGUUUGUGCUCUUCCGCAUGAGUGAAAUACUGACCAAAAUCGCGAGCGGGAGUCAGCAGUUUGAGCCGCAGCGGCUCAGCUGUGAAAAGGAGGGAGGCAUCCAGAAAAGGGGAGGCUAAGUGAGAGCUAUAGUCUGAACCAGCCACUGACUGGUGUAACGACAGUGACAGGCUGUCUCGCUCUCCUCCGGUCUGUGAAAAGCAAAGGAUUCUGGGUCAGGAACACAAGGCCAUGUAAUCCACCCCUGAUGUGCCAAUCCAGUGGAUACAAUCAUUGCCUGAAAUUAUUGUUCAGUGUCCCAUGAUAGGUUGGGAUGGACCCAGAGCACAUGCUGUCAGAAAGACAUCCAAGACCACCUUGUCACUGCCAUCAGCCUAAAACUCCUUAUUACUCCUUAUUACAUUUAUGUUCAGUGUCACAUUACAGAGCAUUGUCUGUGGGACAGUAAUUCCAGUAAUUCCGAAUUAGAAUGAGACCCCAUGGAUUGUCUGCUUGGGUAGAGCUUCAUGUGUCUUUCACACGAUCCAGCAAUAUUUCAAAGUCAGAUAUUUAAAUAUUGUGCCAGGCUUGAAGCCUUCCUUUUAUUUAAUACUAUAUCAUCAAGACACAAUGGCCCAGGAACUGUUACGGAGAGAUAGUUUCAUUCCCUUGGUGACUGUUCAUAUCUUUUUGCCUCAGACAUCAGGUCAGGGCUAUAAAUUUGAAUACCGACCAGUAUAAUUUUUUUCCCGCUGCUGUUUCAUCCAGGCUGAGAUCAGUGCCUCGUUGGGCAAGACAAUGGCCUGGAAUGAAGGGUGUGGAUGAGGAGCAAUGCGAGCCGCUGUCAUAGCAGAGCCACCACUAACUUGGACGCGGAGAGCAAGCGAGCGGCCCACUUCCGAUCGUCAUGGCAACAGCAUGUGAAUGUGUUCGGCUCGUGGAGUAGGCCGGAGUGCGUGCAGCAGCUGCGUCAGGAGGCAGAGCUCAAUCUCCAGAGCCUGCUCCAAGACUUUGAGGAGCACCUCUACGAGCCUAAAGUGACCGGGCAGACGUUCCGACACCCCUCCUCACUGAGCUCGGAGGACACCUCCCUGAGUGACCCCCCCGGGCUGAUCAGCCAGAAACCAGAGUUCAUCUUCCUGCCGGCUUCCAGUGAGGAGUGUGAGGGGGGGGCCACGCCCAUAGGGUUUUGGAGUCAAGAGCACAGCAUCACUGCUGAGAAGCCGCCCUGGCCCCCUAGUGGUCGGGCCCAAGAACAGCAGUGGCCAACAGACACCACAGGUGAUGAGGCACUUCUACAUGUUGACCUGAUUCAGGGAAUCUGCGGUCCUGAGUCUGACACUAGGUUGCUAACGCCAUCUCCCGAAACCCAGAGCCCCCAUCUGUUCCUGAGGAAGACCUACAGUGACCUGGAGCAGAACUUGCUGCACUCCCCUGGGAGCCCAUCAGGUGCAAUGGAGCAUGCCGGCCUGAUGUGUGGCAGCCCCUCCUGGAACGGGCCCAAGGGCUCCACCUUCUCACCAUCUUGGAACAACUCCAUGGAUUAUGUGAUGGCUCAUGGUCCAGCUACGAAACCACCAACUAACCAACAGCAAGCUGACCUGCUGCUGGACCCCUCCCAGAGUGGGUCAAGCCUCUCCUACAGCUCAGGCUCACACUCAAGCUCCUUUACCUCCAACUCUGUGGAGCCAUCAGCCAGAGCUCUGGCUACCACCAGCAUUAUGGCAGGCAAACGGGCCGAGACUGAAGGUGCUGCAGCAAGUCCCAGGGAUCGGGAAAAGAGACCCAUGCGGCCCGGGGCCCUCAGGUUCCGUGAACGGUCCCUGUCAACCCCAACAGACUCUGAAUCAUUCUGCUCGGCCGACAAUGUGUCUUGCAUGGAUACCCAACGCUUAGGAGCCGAGAGCUAUGCCUUGAUGUACCCUAGUGGGAGUUCCGAGGAUGGUGCAAGCGCUGACAAUGAGUCUCUGGCGGUGACUGAUUUCCACCCUGAUGGGCGACUGAGGAUAAGGUCCCGAAGCAUCUCCCUGAAGAAGUCGAAGAAGAAGCCCCCACCCCCGGUGCGCAGCGUGUCUCUGGUGAAGAACCUUAGGGGGGCACGUGCUGAGGGCCCUCAAAGAGAGAGCAGGCCCAGAAGCCUCUACCUUCCCAGAGAGCACUUGCAUGACUCUUAUUUAUCAGACUAUGUGCUCGGGGGAGAUGGCAGAUCCCUGAAAGAGGAGCCUGACAUACCAUUGUCCAUCAGAGAGACGAUGGAGGGGAGUCAGGCACCAGACCAGGAAGUGGAGCUGUCCUUCCCUGACCAAUGGCAGCUAAAUGAGUGGCACUCCAGUGACCCAUACAGGUCACUGUCUGGUUCUAGCACAGCAACAGGCACGACAGUGAUAGAGUGCCUGAAAGCACGAGGUAGCUCAGAGUCCCUUGACUCCCCUGGCACCUCUCGUGCCACCUCACCCUCUCAGUUCUCUGUUGAAGCAGAGGCAAAAAUCUCCCCCUUCAAGCCCCAUGGGCUAAUGUCCCCCUCCAGUGGCUACUCAAGCCAGUCAGAGACCCCAACACCAACAAUACCCAGUGCUCAAGUGACUGGACCAUCGCCAUUGGCUUGCAAGAUGCGGCCAAAGAUACCAGAGAGGAAGUCCUCGCUACCUGCCACAUCCCCCAUGGAGAGACCUGCCAGGUCACGCCUUUCCUUUGAGCUGCCUGUGGCAUCUGCCUCAGAAUUGCCCUCUAUCAAGCCCAAGCCCAAGGCUAGCCGACGACACUCUGAUACAUCUCCUACCAGCCAGUCAGGGCAGCCAGUGGUAACCCAGACUGAUCUGAGAAACGUGCGUCUUCGUUCUGUUGGCCGCUCAGAGAUUGAGGAUAACCUGGACUGCCCCGUGGACAUCAUCGAGGAGGAGCAAAUGAGGGAUGACGACAGCCCCCCUGUCACACUCCGUGAAAAACCUAAACCACCAGUAGCGGUGAAGCCCCCCCUUCCCAAACGACCCCUCAACCUGAUGCUGGAGUCUCCUUCCUCCUCUCUACAGGGUCCAGAAUCUCCACCAAUCUCGCCCAAAGAAUGGCGAAUGCCUGUAGGGAACAUCUACAUGGUGGUGAAAAAACCCAAGAAGAAACCUCUGCAAGCAGCACCCAUUGCCACUCAAGAGAUCCCUCAACAUCAGGAAGUGCUGGACAUUCAGCAAGGGGCCAGCCACAUUGAUCUUCCCUCCCCCUCCAGCCCAAAGAAGGAGCAUCAGACCAGGACAUUGACCAGCAGUGUCACUGUCUCCUGUUUGGCAGAGCUGGACAGAAAGCGGAUCAAGGUUCCCCCUCCGGUCCCAAAGAAACCCAGUGUCCUCCUGCUGCCCUCUAGUGUUGUCCACUCCAAUGGGGCAGAUGACAGCGGCCCCCCAUCGCCGGGUGGGGAGCGUGUGUCUGAAGAAUUUCCAGCUGUAGAGGAAAGCCAGGUCCAGACAAAACAAAGUGAACCUCAAGACAGUGAUGUCACAGCAUUUCCUACAGGGACACUGACAGGGAUCCCUGCAUAUGUAUUUUCUGAGGAGUGCGGCUCUAUUGCAGAGAUGGAAGCCCUGCACAUCUCUGAGGAGCCUACAGAGGGUGUGUUUGGCCUCACACCAACGCCCCAUACUACAGAAGAUCUGUUCACUAUCAUCCACAGGUCCAAACGAAAAGUUCUGGGGCGCAGGGAACCGUCGGCUACCUUUACCAGUCGGCCAAGCCUGGUGUCUCCAGUGCGGACUGACCCGCGGUCCCACACGCUGGGGGCCACACCCCGAUCCAGUUCACGGAACCAGAACUUCAUGGCCCUGUUGCAGAAGAAGAACAACAAACCCAGCACUGGCAGCAGAGUGUCGGCCAUGGAGCUUUUGAAGAGCACCAACCCACUCGCCCGCCGGGUUACCGAAUUCAACCAGUCUGAGCUGGACCCGACCGAUGGCCCCAGAACACCCCAGGGACAGUGAACUCCUGGCCAAUUUGGAAAAAGGCAGGGAGUCCUGUACUGACACGUCGCAUUUAUAUGACAUUUAUUUGCAGAGAUCUCCAACCAGCGAGACACCACUCUCAAUGUUCUGUGGAUUCCGAUUCGGAAAAAGUCACAAUUAUGUUUUCUUUGCUGUUCAAGUCACAGUCCAGUAGUCCCCUGGGCCACACUGGAAGAACAUUAGCGUAAUUGUUCUGGGAGUAAGAGUGUGGAACAUAAAAAAAUCUAACUGGAAAAAUAACAUCAGUGGAACUGUUUUGUAAAGCAUGGAAUACUACAGCUGAUCUGGAAGGGCAACAUCGGGAACUUGGGUGGACACAGAUAUGAGUAAGAAAGUGAAAAGAGACUCGGAUAUCUCUAUGGAGUGUGGUCUAGCUGGACCAAAAUGGAUAUUUGCCUCCUGAGAACAAAGCAUAAGUCUCAUUUAAAGGUCUUCAAAUGAAAGCAAACAGGUAAACAAUCCAAAACAUUCCACAAAGACUUGCAAGAAGGACAUGGUAGCCCUCAUGUUCUAGGGAAAAAAGCACUUUCAUUAACUUAAGACAUGAGCCUACAGCCAUUUUCCCCCAAAAUAUUGAACUUGUAUAUAGCUAUAUAUAAAUAUAUAAACUUAACUGCAGAGCUGUUUGAUGGUUUUAACAAGCGAAUGUAAAUGUACAAAUGCCUUGGGAUGAAGGACAUGGAAGACAGCCACCACACAUGACCUCUGAAGGUUGCCACGGAGCCCUACUCUGCCCGGAUACACACACUAUGCGCAGGAACCAGGAAUGGUCUGCAGGGGUUUGGCCGUGCUCGCUGGAGGUGGACUGGGGCUAGAUGGAGAGGAAGUCAGGUGAUCUUGGAAAGAUGCAAGGGAAGACACCUCCAGUGCAGCCACAGGUUGCUACCGUCCAGUGUCGCUGUGCAAUCAAGUGUUUCUUAUCACUCAGGAAACCCUUUUGGCGUGUGUGAGCAUACACGCAUGCUAGUGGACACACAUACACAUCAAACCACCUGGCAACAGCGAGGAUGACAUUUGUCCUCAGGGUGGCUAGAUUGCUUUGGCUGUUAUCCUCUGCAUGGUGUGUGAUGGCAGUACGGGACACUGCGAAAGGAUACUCUGCCUGUGCCUGUAGUGUCAAGCUACAGCCUUGCCUGAGGUUCAGCUAAUCUUCUUGCUAUCUCUACAGUCAAGGUUAGAGAAAGUCACAAAAAGGAAGACGCAUUCCUCAGAGCAAGGGUUUUCCAACCAGAUGUCCACCGCCCUCUGGUGGUCGGUGAAGCAGUUGAUGGGGGUCCACAGGAAUGUUGACAAAAUGCUGGUACUGUCAUCCAGUUUAGAUUAAAAAUGUUGGAUGCGUUGUUUGUUGCUUAUGUGAUCAUGCAUUAGUGGUAGGGGUUUAAGAAAGCUUGAUACGCUCUGCACUCUAGCAUUCACGGUAGACACGAGUUGCAGCCAAAAAACGUUAGUUCCCUUGAGCCAGGUUACUGAACACGGCGUGAGUGGGUGGGUUGGGGUUGUUUAAGGUGGGGCAG